AUGUCAGGUCGGCUAGAACUUGACAUUCUCAUUGAUAUUUUGCAGAACUCUUUCGACCAAACAACCUUGCAAACUAGAGUACUCCAGUGGGAUGAAAAGUUGCCAAUUCCCGACCCUCCCCCACUAAGGAGCUUGGUGGAGCAUUUGGUUAGACGGAGAUUGCCUUCCUGCGCGACAAGUGUCCAGAAUGGUUUGAACAAUCUUUUUGUGCAUUCAGCCUGUCGGGUUUUAGGACUGCGUGAUGCCCAUAAAAGGUAUGAAAGAGCGAGAACAAGCGAAAAAAAAAAAGAAAGGAAACAUAACACUGCAUAAGGGUGGACCAUUUUUGAGUGGGGGGUGGGGGGAGGGUUAGACAAUUUCGUCUAGUUAAGAAUUUUUUUUUCGUCUUUGGGCUGCGCCAGGAUUUUUUUUGGCACCCUAACCCCUUCGCCCCUGGAGAUUUUGCCGAAAAACGCGUUUUGAAGCUAGUAGAGCGGUUUUCUGGUCACUGUCGUGCUAUAAAGAGCUCAAACGUACCACAAAGCCGUUUACAGGUUGUACACCUCACGGCCUUCUGAUCCCGAUGCAAAAUAUCAGUUUGCGAAGUUCGGGCACGCGAAAGGUUUAAUAGUAACACAGCAGUAUCGACUUUUACUUUUCGCUUUCCCCCGCCCCCCCUUUUUUCGUUUUUUUUGCCUUUUUUUCUCUUGCUGGGCAUUUAGUAGGCUUCAUUUUGGAGGGAAAAGGUUUUAGGAAAGUUUUUAGUAUCUUAGGAUUAGAUUAAAGUAAAGGUAGGCGGGUAGUGGAACAAGAUUUUCAUGGAAAUUUUCGGGUCAAUGUUACAUGGUUUUUUGCCUGUUUCUCUGGUGUACUUGACUGAAUUGUCCUCAUUCUGGUAUGGUUUAAAAGAUCUCUCCAUUCUGCAGAAGUUAGCGGACAUAUAAGUUAUCCCUGACCAUUAAAACUGAUGACGUCACAAGCGGUAGAAACGAAGUGGAUCCGCGCGGGCGGUUAGGGGCGGCUCAGGGUCAGAUGGGUUAAGGUUGUGCACGAAUUUUUUUCUUCGGUUUUCAGUCUUCAUAUUUAUUAGAAUAUCACCAAAAAUGAGCAUUUUAUGAGGUAUGCCUAUACAAGUAUGGAAUAGAAAAUUACACAUGUGCCUCAAGCUGUGCCUCGCAGCUUGUAUCUCCAGGCUGAUACAAGCUGCGAUUUAGUCUAUUCAGUGUUAAAUGGGAAAUUCCGCUUAAUAGAGGUGUCCGCCUAAUAGAGGUUGGUUUUAGAGGAAAAUAUAAGACACUUAUUUCAGGACCGGACUAAAUGUCCGCUUAAUAGAGGGUGUCAGCCAGGAGGUGUCAGCUGAACCGAGGGUCUGCCUAAUAUAGGUUUCACUUUAUAAUAAUUUAAAACUUCAGUAUAGCGCUUUUUCGAAAAAGAUCAAAAGCACUUUACAAUAACUGAUUAAAUCAUAUGUAAGAACAUGAAUAAAAUAAGUAGAAUUACAUCGAUAGUAAAUAAGCAAAAUAGUAAAUAAUAAAAAACACAACUAUAUAUUCAAAGUGAUUCGCUCAAAGGAAAGGUCGUUAUCACUCUACCAUUAAACUUUCCUUUUAUAGAAUGGUUUUACUUACAAAUCCUUAAAAAAGUUUCUAGUGGGCUCUAUCAGACACUAUUUUCUUGUUUUCAUUUGUUUUAAUUUUGACAGUCUAUUACACACCAACUGUUAGCAGAGUUCUAUCUAGGAUUUUCAGGAAAUGUUUGAAUGAUAACCGCGGAUUGGUACAUGUGCUUCAGUGCCCUCUCUUGAUAUGCGCUGAUAUGCAAUCUGGUGCAUUUUUGAGAAAUGUUACAAUGAGUGCACUGACCUCGUCGCGUCUGGAUGAAUUUUCCGAUAUAGUUACUUAUAUACUGUGAUGAUAACAGUAUUUUUUUCGGGGGAAGUGGGGCAUUUUUUUGGGGGGAGGGGGGGGGAGGGAGCUUGUAACCCCCAAACACCCUAGAUAAAACCCUGGUUAGAUAGUGUUUAUGGGUUUAAGUACAACCACUCUACCAUUUGUCCUAUAUGGUUGUGUACUUUUAAGACUGUAUGAACACAAUAAUUAAUAAUUAUCGUUUAUUCAAUUAAUAGAUAUCAGAUAUGUUGAAAAUAGCUGAAAGUUAUCAGUUUAAUAAAAGAAAUGGAAAAUGGUAUUUUCAUAACGUGAAUUUUAUAUUACACCAAAUUCAGUGAAAUGGUUCAAAUUUAUGUUUUAAUACAAGAGACAGAUGGAAAUGAUGUAUUUAUGAUAUUUAUGAUAUGAAACACAAAGAGGUGAAUUAUUAUACAAAUAAUUACAGAGCAUUUUUGCGUGUUGAAAUUAAAUUAUGACAAAAAUUACAGAUUAUUUUUUCAUUUGGUCUAACGAUCCUACGAGUAAAAAGGCUUACUCGAUUUUUUUCCUUGGUCCACUGUGCAUGAUUUGUUUUCUCUACUUUAAGCUGUGCAGGAAUUUUUUUGGGUAAUUGCCUACCCCCCCUCCCUCUCAAAAAUAAAAUGGUCCACCCCUAAGUACCCGAUUUUCUGAAAACGAAGCUAGUGAAAUUUGUGUGAAAACGCGUCAAAACGCGUCAAAGCAAUGGCUGCACUCUUAAUCUAACUUCCACCCAGUUAUUUUAUUUAGGAGAUUUGAUGACAUUUGAAAAAAACAAGAGAAGAAGUUCAUUAAAGGGAAAAUAUUUUAUACAAAAAAUAUUACUUGUUUUAAAAAGGUUAUGUGGAAGCUAACCGCAAAGCGUUGCAAUGGAGCACUCAACGCAGUGUAAACUCAAAACUACUUGCAACAUCUAACUGUAUCCUACUCUUAAUUCUUUAACACAACCCCUAUCCUUCUCUUGGUACAUUUGAGGAGCAGCAUUGGCUCGGUGGGUAAUUAUCUCAAAAACCAAAAAAAAAAAAAAAACAAAACAAAAACCAAAAAAAAAAAAAAACAAACAGACAAACAAAAAACAUCAGUCUAAAACAGUUAAUGUCCUUGGAUUUUUUCAGACUGCACAAAAGGCACUGCGAUGACCUCCUAAACAACUGCUGGUAUGCUCCCUCAAAUCAUGGAGACACAUUUGGAAUUCGCCAUGAUGAAAUAUACUUCCACGAGAACAUCAUCCCUUCACAACCUGUGACGUCAUAUGCGGUGCUUAUCCGAGGGAGCCCAAAGCAUCCUGGGACAUCCGUAGAUGGGGGCAUUGGUGAGGACAUCAGUUCACACGCAGUUUCUAUGCAAGAUUGCGGAGACAUUAUGAUUGAACGAGCUAGUUCUCUAAUAGACGGACUCAUGAAAGCCAGAGAUUUGUAUAGAAGCUCUGAAUAUACCCAAGAUGUGAUGAAAACAACAGCACUGUCGAUGCAGUGGUAUAACUAUGUCUUUUCCUGUUCUAUGCAAUUCUUCCCAGGAUCCAUUGAGCGCUACAAAGCUCCUGAAAUCAAUUCGAGACACAUUAUUGUAAUGAUACGAGGUAAUAUGUAUAAACUGGAUUUGAUUCACAACGACGACGAAGGACGAGAAGAGAUUAUCACAAAAAGCCAGCUGGAAGUAAGUUGAUAAACGUUGGAACUUUUGCUGCACAGUAAGUUUAAAAAAUACCCACUGCCAAACGUAUAGGAGGAUAGAAUAAUUCAAGUUUAACAAUCAAAAAUAAUUACUCUUAAACUAAGCUGCCUGGGGUUUUAUAGCUAAUUGAUUUUAAAAAGCUGAACAAAAAUGUUUACAAACUGAGGUCAAUUUAGAGUAAUCUCUCCCCAUUUUUCAAUUAAUUUGUAAAUUGACACCCAAUUCAGGGGGAUGAAUCCAUUUCAUUCAUAAUGAUGGUUUAUUUCAUUUUAUUUUAUUUUUUGACUUUGCUUUUUCAAGACGAUGAAAGAGAUAUAUUUAAAAAAAUUGCAAUAGGGAAAACAAUAGGGAUGGUGACAACAAUGCCCCUAUCCCUGAAAACAAUAGGUAGUGCGAGUUAUAGGGACCAACGAAAUAAGAGGUUUGGAUUCGCGCAGGUCAAUCGAAAGCGUGUUUUUAAAGAACAAGUUUCUGUAGCAAUCAAAUAAGGCAAAAACAUCGAGCAAAUGAAAUUGACAAUUACUUCCUUUCUUUACGUGCGCGCUUGCUAUACUGACACACUUUUAUAUUUGGUUCCAGAAGAAACUCGAAACCAUCGUAGAAAUGGACGCGUCAAGAGAACCAUCGACUCCAAUAGCUUUUCUCACAAGCCUGACUCCAUCUGAGAGAUGUCAAGAAGAACAGCGUCUCAAGUGCCUUAGCCAACGAAAUGUUGAUAAUCUUUCACUGCUCCGUGACGCUCUUUUCAUUGUGGCGCUCGACCCUGAUACUUCUCCCCGAAAAGCUAACGAAGCCAUGUUCGAGCUACAUUCGGGAAACUUCGUAAACCGUUGGUAUGACAAAAGCGUGCAGCUUGUUGUGUUUGGUAAUGGUGUGGCGGGACUUGUGAAUAACUAUUUGGCUGGAAUGACUGGUACGGUAGGGACAAACUUUGUGCGAAUUGCAGUGAAAAAUGAAAGACUUUCUGGAGAAGAAACUGAAGACGGUGGGUUAAGUUGUGACAUACAUUUUACCCAAACUUGUUCUGUUCCCUUUAAGUUCAGCACUGAGAGUUUUUGCCAUAUUAGUUUUGUCUUUAAUUCAGUAUUAAGGAAUAGAUUAACGAGUUGAAGACGUUUUAUUUACGCGUGAAGGGACAAAGAGUACGUACAAGCCUCAUAGUAAACAAAGUAAGAACUCCCCGCGUUAGCAAAAGUUUAAAUACGUCAUAAUUGAUUUCAUUUCAGCGGAGCUCCCGCGUCCGUCUGUACGUCCACCCCUUCAUUAUAACGGACGUGAAAUGUCUUACUACCUUUGAAGUCCAAGGCGUAUACAAAUUGUGUUUAACUCGAUAUUGGACAUUCAUGUUAUGAUCAAAUGAAAUAUGGUACCCGCUCACCAGUGUCACAUGACUGUACCGCGGGGCUCAGGUGUGUUACUCAUUGAGUUAGGGUUAGUUCUGCUGGCGGUUAAGGUAUUCAAGUGAUCCCACGCUCAGAAACUUUACUUUAGAAGCGUGCUAAGUGUAUAUAUUAAAGUUAGACAUAAUUUUCGCUGAGCACGCAGGGGAUACCUGAUAAUGAAUUAAGUGGCAUAAAAGUUUUGUGCAGGUGACGCAUGUGUAUCUGUAGCUUGUCUUGUUGAGACCAUGGAGCUCAAAUUCAGAGAUAUUUGGGAGCCAAGGUGACUGAAGGUUGCUAAGAGUGAAGGAAUGUUGAAGCAAGUAGUUGGUAAAGGCACAGAGUGUUUUUGCAAAUAAUCUUUUAGGUAUGUUGCAGUUUCAGCACAAAUUGGGUGGUAAAUUUUUAGCUUAAAUGGAAUGGUGGGAAACUGGAGGCUCCGUGAGUGUAGGACCGAAACCAAAUAUUUGAAACUGACAUAAACCAAGUUUUGCUCGGUUUCAGAACAUCUCGUAUUUUGGAAUGUGCUAUUCAGAAUCUUUUUUCUCUUAUCAGGAGGAUAUGAGGGCUUCAAGAUCUGGCCAGAAGCAAGUCCUAUAAUCUGGGACGAUACAAAUGAAGAAUAUUUCAAACAUAAGACAGCAAAGUUCAUCAAAGAAAGUCGAACAUCAGGUCCGUUUAAACAGAUGUCUCAAGACGUAUUCAGAAUAUGUACAGGUUUCAGUUUUGAGUCCAUGUGUAAAGACCAUUGUGUAACACCAGGGGGACCCUUUCAGGCUGGAAUGCAACUUGCGCUUGCUAAGAUCUCGGGAAGAUGUAUGAGUGUCAACGAAGUCGUUAGUAUAAGGUAAGACAAUUUUCUGUUCAUCUUUUCAAGAAGAGUGCUAAUCUCUACCUACAACGAGGGGUUUUGUAUGAUGCCUAAUUAAAGCAUUUUCUGGUUGAAACUCAUUCCCGUAGUCUCGUUUUGUGGAUAGAUUUUUUAAAUAAUAAAUAAUUCAUCUUUUAUUCAAAAUGUAAGAUGACUGGAAAAUUAUAAAUUUAGGUGUCGUGAAGGAUGGCCGUCGCAAGAGAAAAUUUGAAAAAAGGAUGGCCUGAAAUAUGCAGCGAUAUAAGCCGAGUUUCUUGACAAAUAUCCAGUUAUGUGUCAGGUGGUUGUUUACACGAGAGAGAAGCAAAAAAUAACACCCAAACCCUCCUGAAAUCGCUUUCUUUAUACUCUAAGGAAUGGAUCAGUUUUAAGAAAUAAUUUGUUUCUCGUGUUGCUAGGCAUUUACGCUCUUGAAUUUUAGGUAUCCUAUCUAAGGAUCACACUGGGACCAAAAUGCAUUCGAUAAGGGCAAAAAUGGUACCCUAUUUAAGGUUGGAGACCCUUAAAAACCAUACUCUUUAUACUUUGCUCUCAUAUAUAGGAGUGGCCACCCGGGUCACUUACGAGAGUUGGUCGCAGUUUCGACUGUACUCAGUGAAUUAGGAAUGGCUAUUGCUUACUAUGUUCAACAGCGAGUUUGAAGGUUGGAACUUGUUGGGACGACCCCAACGAUACAAUCUUUACCCCUCUUUUUCACAAAUGUAUGGUUUCCAAUCUCCGUUAUUGAGCGUAAUUUAUCUUUAGCAGCUCAUAUAUGGCUUACCUCAUUUAUGUAGUAGGUAUUUCCGGUUUCAUCAUUUUUCAUGAACAAGCAUUUCCGGUUUCCUUACGUCUUAUGUACUAGGCAUUUCCGGUUUGGUGGAAUGACAUUCAUGGACAGCAGUAUGGCGGACAUGAAAAAAUUCAUCGAAAAAGCCCGCCAAUCAGAAGGGAGCUUGCAAACCAUGACAAAACAGGAGCGUGUGUUGCUUAAAUCUCUGCUGAAGAAAGCUAUUGAAAGUUACAAAGAUGAGGUCUUGCGUUACAAGAAAGGUCAAAUAAACCUCUGGCAUCUUGACGCUCUUUACAGAAACUUGGGACUGCCAAACCGCCUUCCGUUUAGGAAUACUCCACAACCACAGAUCAAGAGAAGGUUUAGGCAAGCUGUUGCUGAUUUACUCAGAUCACCGCUGCUCAACAUACUGCCACCUCAAGUUGCUGAAAACGUGACCUCUAAUCCAUGUUGGUAUCCUGAGAUCGAGGCUAUUGGAAGGCCAGGGGUCAAGUGUAUUCUGCCAGAUAGAUCAAUGGCAUUGCAUUAUAUGUUUGGGAGAAAUGCGAUAUCAAUCACAGUGAAUGCAAAUCCUAAGCACCCUUGUUAUAGACAUGAAGAGGAGUUUGUCGAAGAACUCGAACAGUCAUUGUUGUUUGUCAAAGACUUGCUUGAUGCUGAAUAA